CACAGUUCUCCUGAUGCCCUCUGGGCCCGGGGCCAUCCAGCCUGCGGGCCACCACAUCACAUGUGCCUACUAUCUUUAGCCAGGGAAGUAUUUAUAUCCCUGGGGGACGUUUUUUCCCAGUACGGGGUAGCCCCAGAGUCGGUGGUUCGGCGAAUCCAGGUCCCCAGCGGCAACCUCCGCCCCUCUGGCUCACCAUGCCGCGGGGCCCUGAGGUCCCGGUUCAGGUAUGGGUGGGAGGCCAGCUCUUCCAAGCUGACCAGGCACUGCUGGUGGAGCACUGUGGCUUCUUCCGCGGCCUCUUCCGCUCCGGCAUGCGGGAGGCUCGCGCUGCAGAGGUGCGCCUGGGCGCGCUAAGCGCGGGUGGCUUCCGCACCACGCUGGAGGUGCUGCGAGGCCAGCGGCCGGCACUGGCGGCCGACGAUGAGCUGCUGCAGGCGGUGGAGUGCGCCGCCUUCCUGCAGGCGCCGGAGCUGGCGCGCUUUCUGGAGCACAGCCUCACGUCGGACAACUGUGCGUUGCUGUGCGACGCUGCCGCCGCCUUUGGCCUGAGAGACUUGUUCCACAGCGCUGCGCUCUUCAUUCGCGAUGGCGAGCGCGAGCUGGCGGCCGAUUUGGUGCUGCCCGAGGCCCGCGCCUACGUGGCGACCCUGCGGCCCAGCAGCUAUGUGGCCUUGAGCACUCACACGCCUGCACCUGGCUUCCUGGAAGAUGAGUCACGCACAAUGUGCUACCUGGACGAGGAGGAGGACGUGUGGCGCACGCUGGCCGCGCUGCCCCUGGAAGCCAGCACAAUGCUGGCAGGAGUGGCCACGCUGGGCAACAAACUCUACAUUGUGGGUGGCGUGCGUGGCCCUAGCAAGGAGGUGGUGGAGCUGGGCUUCUGCUACGACCCCGACGGAGGCACGUGGCGCGAGUUCCCCAGCCCACACCAGCCACGCUAUGACACGGCACUGGUGGGCUUCGACGGCCGCCUCUACGCCAUCGGAGGCGAGUUCCAGAGGAUGACCAUAAGCUCGGUGGAAUGCUACGACCCGGCCACUGGCUGCUGGAGCUUCAUGGCUGACCUGCCACAGCCGGCCACAGGGGUGCCCUGCGCCCAAGCGCGUGGCCGCCUCUUCGUGUGCCUGUGGCGGCCGGCAGACAUCACUGCAGUUGUGGAGUAUGCGGCGCGGACUGACGCGUGGCUGCCAGUGGCCGAGUUGCGGCAUCCACAGAGCUACGGGCACUUCAUGGUGGCCCAUCGUGACAGUCUCUACGUGGUGCGCAAUGGACCUUCCGACGACUUCCUGCACUGCGCCAUCGACUGCCUCAACUUGACCACGGGCCAGUGGACGGAGCUACCUGGCCAGUUUGUCAACAGCAAGGGAGCACUUUUCACUGCGGUAGUGCGCGGCGACACCGUCUAUACUGUCAACCGCGUGGUCACGCUGUUGUACGCCAUCGAGGGUGGCACCUGGCGGUUGCUCAGCGAAAAGAUAGGCUUUCCCCGGCCCGGCUCUUUGCAGACCUUUCUCCUGAGGCUGCCCCCUGGCGCUCCGGGGCCUGUGGCCACGGCGUUGCCAGAACUGUGAGCCCUGAGCUGGCGAUAGGAGAGGACACCCUGAGUCUCCCCUGAGCAGAGGCUGAGUGUGCGAGACUGAUUUGAGAAGCUCCCGGGAAUUUCUUGUUCCCUAUCGAGAGACUCUGUUCUCGAGCCUUCUGGUGGUGUGAACAUGCCCAAGAAGCUCAGGGAGCAACAGUGACACCGGGGUCUGAGCCCUCAAAUCACUUAGACUCUGCUGAGAGAUGGUGGGUCAUGAUGUCAGUGAAAGGGGUAGGAAGGUUAGGAUUUGAAUAAUCCAGGCUUAUUGCUUGCCCAGUCCUCCAGCCUGACAAUGGACUUGGCCAGCAAUUGAGCAUGGCUAGGAGCGGGUUAAGUGUUGUUAGCCAAAUUAAUAAUCAGUAGGCACAAAUUAGGUGCCUAUCAUUUUCCCAACUCAGUGCUAGGCCUAAUGAGAGCUGUAGUUGCUAAGCAGGGGUCCACAAAGCUUUGAGUCUAGCCCAAAAAAACUCAAUCCAGUUACAACAAAGUUUACACAUACUUGUCUCCAUCCACAAAGCAACAUGUUUUUUUUUUAAUUGUUUGUUUGUUUUUUGUUUUGGUACCAGGGAUUGAACUCAGGGGUACUUAACCACUGAGCCACAUCCCCAUUCCUUUUUUGUAUUUUAUUUAGAGUCGGUCUUCCUGAGUUGCUUAGGGCCUCCCUACCUUGCUGAGGCUGGCUUUGAACUUGCAAUCUUCCUUCCUCAGCUUGCUGAGCCAUUGGGAUUACAGGCGUGUGCUGCUGUGCCUGGCAACAUGUUUUUAAUAUAACAAAAGAAUAUAUAUUCUUUAUAUAUAACAUAAAGAAUUACUUUGUUAUCAUAAUAUAACAAAAGAAUUACUGAAGGAAUCAGCAGGGUAAAGGAAAAAUAAGGAAGGGAAGAGAUAUAUUUAGGAAGGUGGAGAUUAUACAAGUUGCAAGGAGGAGACAGAUAAGAUACUGUUUGAAAAGAGAGGUUUAGUUCAUAGAUACUGAGAGCUCAGGAAGAGAGCUGAGGAAAGACUGGAGUAUAUGGUAAAUCUCUGAGAACCCAGCCUUUAAGGCAACCAGUUGAUGAUGGAGAUAUUUUAGGGAUGGGGUGAGACUGAGCCAACUUGUAGCAGACAAAACAGCCUAGCCUGGAGUGAGAGCUGUGGAAGAGAGAAAGGGUUUCCUACUUUCCCUUUGGGGAGAUGGAACAUUGGGGGAGGGGGCACACAGGUGUAAGCCCCUUGCUAAUCCCCUUUUUUACCAUCACCACAGGGACAGUGGACUGUUAACCCCCAUGACUUCACUCAAGGUAUGAGCCCAAUCCUGCCUUAUCUCUUUGGUUGUAUGUCUUCCACUAUAUUCUGCAGGUUCCAACUCUCUCCUCCUAGCCUCUGCUCCUGCCAUUCCCUGGGCCUAGAAUGUCUUUCUCCUCUUUUCCUCUCUUCCCUUUUCUCUUCCUUUCCCCCUCCUGUCCUCCCAAUUUUCCUCUGUCAGCUCUGUACCCAUCUCCUCUCUGCAGGAUUGGCUGAUCCAGCUCCUCAUUUUCCUGAUGUUGGCUGCCUGCAUUGCUCAACGGACCCCUGGCUGUGACACCAUUGUGUGUGUGUGCGUGCAUGUGUGUAGCCACACACAUGCACAGAUAUAGUAAGGGCAGAGAUCCUGUGCUUAUCACUGAGCUGGGGCACUUCCUCACUUGCAGAAUAAAAUGAUGAGGGCUUGCAAGAACCCAGGCUGUAGGGUCCACUGGUUAGGGCUGUUGGCUGGUAGUACUAGAUGAGGACUUGUCCUCCUUUAGAAUACCCAGUUCUGGCUUCUGGGCAGAUGCUUGCCCAGCCCUUCAGCCCCUCUGUGGACUUGGGCAGACUUCUCUGAGUGGUCCUGAGUGGUCUCUGUUGUCCGGACCUGAGACCCAUGGGAAUUUUUGGCCUCAUCAGAAGUGAAGAAUACAGCAUUGGCAUGGAGCCUAGUGUCAGAUAGCCUCGCAGCUUCUUCCCCUGACCUAUAUCCCAAGCCUGGAGAAUGCUACCCUCAGAAGCCUCGGACCUUCCAACCCUGGAACAGCCUAGUCUGAUAAGUCUUAACAAUAAACCCUGACUUUUGUAUCCUGUGAA